AUGAGUGCUGUGCGAUUCACGGCCAAACAGGUCCUAGAACAGAUAUUUUCCAAUGACUCUGACUGCGACGAGGAUGCGGACGAGGAAGCGUCCGAAGAAGAAGACGGGGAGGAAUACAACCCAGAGGACGAGGAGACCACAGAGGACGACGACGACUACGACGCCGCAGCCGUCGACGCCGCCGACGACGAGGACGAGGACGAUGUCCAAAUAGAAGACAUCAUCCUGGAGAUGACCAAUCUGGAGGGCGUUCGAAAAUACGGAGCCCGAGGCGACGGCGACGACGGCGACGACGACCACCGCCACUACGCCGACGACGACCACCACGAAGUCCACGAAGACCGCGAAGACCGCGACCGCGACCGCGGCUGCGGCCGCUGGAAAGCGAUGGACUCCACAGACCUGCGAGCCUACGUAGGGCUGCUCAUCCUAGCCGGCGUGUACAGGUCCCGAGGCGAAGCGGCCUCUAGUCUCUGGGACGCCGAGAGCGGAAGGACCAUUUUCCGCGCAACCAUGCCGCUCAAAGUCUUUCACGCUUACUCGAGACUCCUUCGCUUCGACGACCGCCAGACCAGAGCCGAGAGACGCGCAGCAGGCGGCGGUGACAAACUUGCGGCCGUGAGAGAGGUCUGGGACAAGUGGGUCGAGAGGCUGCCGCUCCUCUACAACCCCGGGGCCGACGUGACGGUGGACGAGCAACUGGUCCCUUUCAGAGGCCGAUGUCCUUUCCGCCAGUAUAUCCCAAGCAAGCCGGCCAAAUACGGCAUCAAGACAUGGGUGGCCUGCGACUCCAAAUCCAGCUACGCCUGGAAGAUGCAGGUCUACACCGGCAAGGCCACAUGCGGAGGCCCCGAGAAGAACCAGGGGAUGAGGGUCGUGCUCGAUUUGACGCAGGGACUCAGGGGUCACAACGUCACCUGCGACAAUUUCUUCACCUCAUACGAGCUCGCGCGCCAGCUCCUGACCAGGAACGUCACCGUGGUCGGCACAGUCAGAAAGAACAAGCCAGAGCUCCCGCAGGCGCUGCUCGCCUCAAAGGACAGGCUCCUCUUCUCCUCCAAGUUCGCCUUCACGCCCACCACCGCUCUAGUGUCCUACCUGGCAAAGAAAAACAAGAACGUCUUACUCCUGAGCACGCUGCACACCGAGGCUCACGUUAGCCGUCGCCAGGACAAGAAGCCGGCCAUCGUCCUAGACUACAACAGCAACAAGGGAGGUGUGGACAACCUAGACAAGGUGAUUGGAACCUACAGCUGCAGGAGGAUGACCGCGCGCUGGCCCCUGGUCAUCUUCCACAACAUCCUUGACGUGUCCUCUUACAACGCUUUUGUCAUAUGGCGAGAGCUCAACCCCACUUGGAUGCCUGGCAAGAGAAACAAGAGGAGGGUGUUCCUCGAGCAGCUGGGAAAGGCACUAGUGACUCCGUUCAUACAAAGAAGGGCCCGUCUCCCUCGCACCGAAGCCUCUGCGGCGCUCGUCAAAGCUGUUCAGAGGGCUACGUAUCGUGAUCAGCCCCGGCGGGAUCACGCCCCCCGCAGCACCGGACCACGCAGCACCGCCGGCCCAAGCACCCAACCCCGCACAACCCAGUAA